UCUCCGGGGAAGGAGCGCCGCGCCUGAGGAGGCGGCGGCGGCGGCGGCGGCGGGAGCAGGGGGAGCGGCGGCCGCCGGACCAUCGAGCAGCAGCCGCGAUGGAGCAGUUAUCAGAUGAAGAAAUUGACCAUGGUGCUGAAGAAGACAGUGAUAAGGAAGAUCAGGACCUGGACAAAAUGUUUGGAGCCUGGCUAGGGGAGCUAGACAAACUCACUCAGAGUUUGGAUUCUGACAAGCCCACGGAACCGGUAAAAAGAUCUCCUCUUCGUCAGGAAACAAAUAUGGCCAAUUUUUCUUAUCGCUUCUCCAUAUACAACUUGAAUGAAGCUCUGAAUCAGGGAGAAACUGUGGAUCUGGAUGCCCUGAUGGCCGAUCUUUGCUCGAUAGAGCAGGAGCUCAGCAGUAUUGGUGCAGGAAAUAGUAAGCGUCAAAUCACAGAAACAAAAGCCACUCAGAAAUUACCUGCUAGCCGACAUACAUCAAAACAUGGCACUUUGAAAGGAUUGUCUUCUUCAUCUAACAGGAUAACUAAGCCAUCACAUGCCAACUACUCUCUGGAUGACAUCACUGCACAGUUAGAACAGGCUUCCUUGAGCAUGGAUGAGGCUGCUCAGCAAUCUGUACUAGAAGAUACUAAGCCCUUAGUAACUAAUCAGCACAGAAGAACAGCAUCAGCAGGCACAGUGAGCGAUGCUGAAGUGCGCUCUAUUAGUAACUCCUCUCGUUCUAGCAUCACCUCCGCAACCUCCAGCAUGGACUCUUUGGAUAUUGAUAAAGUAACACGCCCUCAAGAACUGGAUUUGACACAUCAGGGGCAGCCAAUUACUGAGCAUGCUAUUUCUCUGAGAUGUUCCAGCAAGCAGGCCAAGCAUCAUAUUGACUUCACAGAAGAACAGGCUGAGCUGACACCUCACUCCUAUCUGGACAGGGAAACCUCCCUUCUUCUGAGAAACAUUGCAGGAAAACCUUCUCAUUUGCUGACCAAGGAAGAACAGGCAGCAAAAUUGAAAGCUGAGAAGAUCAGAGUUGCCCUGGAGAAAAUUAAAGAGGCACAAGUGAAAAAGUUGGUGAUUAGAGUCCACAUGUCUGACGAUAGUUCUAAGACAAUGAUGGUGGAUGAGAGGCAGACAGUGAGACAAGUGCUGGAUAACCUAAUGGACAAAUCCCACUGCGGUUAUAGUUUAGACUGGUCGCUGGUAGAAACCAUCUCUGAAUUACAAAUGGAGAGAAUCUUUGAAGAUCAUGAAAACUUGGUUGAAAAUCUUCUUAAUUGGACAAGAGAUAGCCAAAACAAGCUUAUAUUUAUGGAACGUAUAGAAAAAUAUGCACUUUUCAAAAACCCACAGAAUUACCUUCUGGGGAAAAAGGAAACUGCUGAGAUGGCAGAUAGAAACAAGGAAGUGCUAUUGGAGGAGUGUUUUUGUGGAAGUUCUGUAACUGUACCAGAAAUUGAAGGAGUCCUGUGGUUGAAAGAUGAUGGCAAAAAGUCCUGGAAAAAGCGUUACUUUCUUUUGCGAGCAUCUGGUAUCUACUAUGUCCCUAAAGGAAAAGCAAAGCUGUCUCGGGAACUGGUGUGCUUUCUCCAGCUGGAUCAUGUCAAUGUUUAUUAUGGACAGGAUUACCGGAACAAAUACAAAGCACCCACAGAUUAUUGUCUGGUGCUAAAGCACCCACAGAUCCAGAAGAAAUCUCAGUACAUCAAGUACCUUUGUUGUGAUGAUGUGAGGACCCUGCAUCAGUGGGUCAAUGGUAUCCGCAUUGCAAAGUAUGGGAAACAGCUCUACAUGAACUAUCAAGAAGCCUUGAAGAGGACAGAGUCAGCUUAUGAUUGGACUUCCUUAUCCAGCUCCAGCAUUAAAUCAGGAUCCAGUUCUUCAAGCAUCCCAGAGUCUCAGUCAAAUCAUUCUAAUCAAUCUGACAGUGGAGUGUCUGAUACUCAGCCAGCAGGACACAUCCGCUCCCAGAGUAUUGUGAGCUCCAUCUUCUCUGAAGCCUGGAAACGUGGCACUCAGUUGGAAGAGUCCAGCAAGUUGGCUGACCUUCGAACUGCUUGGCUGACACUUCAUCACUCAUACGUGAAGGGGCACUUUAAGUCAGGAAACUGUCAGCAUCGUGGGUGGGUCAGUAGCACAGUACGGGGAAGUCGUCACAGAUGCUGCGUCUGUCCGUGGCGGGGCACAGAGUAAACAGGUCAUGGAACUAAGGCAUUCUAGCUGAGUCGUGCUGCCAUGAUCACACCUGUAUCUAGGAUGUGUUCAGUCACAGGUAAGCUCUUUGCCUGCCAUCCACGGAUAAUGGAGUGCUGUAAUGCUGGAUAAUUCUUUUUGUACUGUUGGAAUCUUUUUCAUGAGCUUUGUGAAGCCUCAUCAAGCUUGGCUUCGCGAUCCUGGUUUUGAUUUGUUGAAGAGAAUAUCUGACACAGUACCCCUGGAAUGCUCCAUCCCAGUAUGUCUUUGGGUCACCAGUUAUCUUACAGUGUGUGCUUUAGGUAGGUGUUGAUAGUAGAGAUCUGUAGACAAUUGCUGUAUCAAAUAUACACAUCCCAUGUCCGACACAGUGCUCAUUACACAGAACAGAAUCACCUUCUGAAAUGUGUUUUUGUAUGUUGCUCUAGGAUGGGUGAUUAGGAAAGAACAGAAUUGACCCCUGUGCGGGUAUCAUUGUGUAUGGACUGCCGUGUAGAACAAAGAAUUCAUUUAAGUAUGGGACUGUAGGAGAGGGAGGGGAAAAUGAGGUUUUUGACAAUUUCAUCCUUAGCUACUGGAGCACACUAGGAUUCUUGCUUGCUGUAGCCUGGCUGUGGAGAUUUGUCCAGGUUACCAGGUGUUCCAGUGGAGUAGUGUAGUCAAGUACGUCAGUGACAUUACAUAUUAUGCAUGUGCAGUUGGUAGAACAUGGAAUCCUGGCUCUAAUGACACACUACAAUUCACACUAUGCUUAUGCUUUUUUUCUUUUUUUUUUUUUUCUUUUUGGUCCUGUGAAUUUUUCUUGGUAUAUGAGAGAAAUGUGUCUCAUUAGUUUAUGAUGAUAAAGUGACCGUUAGAAAUGCAACCUCAGAGCUGCUCUUAAAACAAUAAAAACUAGCCAUCCCAGCAGUGAUAAAUGAGCACAUCUUGUAAUGAAAGUCUCUACCUGUUGUGAAUAAGGAUUACCAGUGGAAACUGCAAAAAUCUUGGACAUUGUCCCGUAAAGAAAAAGUGAGGUCAGUGCAGUGGGGCAGAGAUAAAUAAUUUAAGAAUAAGCAAAACAUGUACUAGAUACACAAGGCAUUCCUAUAAACCCACCUCCAAAAGUACUGCAUCAUCGAGAAUAUGAAGUGGCACCACCCCCCCCCACCCCACCCCCGCCCUAUCUCUAGGAUAUUGGUCAGCAAUUCAGGUGCUUAUAAAGCAAUAAGAAUACCAUUGUGCAUUUUUCAAAGCCCUGUUUCUUUAAAAGAUACUUUUUGGAUUUUUUCAUUUGUUCUCAAAGUUCUGUGUGCUUGAUAUUCUUAGGCUUAUGAAGUGACCUUUAACACAUCUGCAUUGUUAAUUUAGGCAUCACAGCAAUCUCCGUUGAGACGGAUUGCCAAGCUCCACUGUAACUCAUGAGUGACGUAGUUUCCCAUGGUGUUCUUUCUGCCUACAGCUUUAUAUUCUAAGAAUCACCCUUAUUUGUUGGGUAAAGUUACUAAUAGGAAUCCAAUGAUAAAAAUAUUCAUCACUAGGGUUUUUGUUGUGGUGAUGGUCUUUAUUUUAUAUGAAGGUGGACUUCAACUCUCCUGGAGGGGAAAACCAAUAAUGUUCUCUGUCUUCAGCCCUAAGAUACAGCCUUGGUUUGUUCAGUGGGGGGUUCCCUAGGACUUCUUGGUUUCUGUCGGUCCCAACAGCUGUCCGAACCAAUGCUUCCAAUGCACCACUUUCCGGAAAGAGCAGACAUCCUUUAGAAUAUGGCAGCAAGCAGAGAGCAGGGCCAGAGGAGGAACUAUGUCAUUUAUACCGUAGUCCAGUGGCUUGUCUAAAACAAGCCUUUACAUUUCUCCAAAGACAGAAAAGGCUAUUCAUCAACUUUUUCCCCCUUUGUUUUAUGUGAAACGCUGAAUAAUUAAAAAAAAAAGACCAAAAUAAUACAUUAGAUUAUGCUUCUAGCUUUUUAUUCCCUAGUAGGGUGGGAUUUUUGUUGGGAUGUAGUUCUGUGGGGUUCUUUUCAGACUUCUCUGUUAUUUUUGUAACUUCUCUCUGGUGCGUCGGUGGAGAACACCUACUGCCAGAGGACACUAGUACUGUGCCUUCUUCCUGCCUUCUGCUCAGCAGCUCUUCCAGCCCCAUGUGUCUUGCUUCUGGUCAGAGAAGAAAAUGUGGACAGCUGACGUGGCUGUACUGAAGAGUGAAAAGCCUGCUGUUGAGGGCAGUGCGAACAGGUGCCUAUUUCAGCUAGUGACACCCUUAACCUUUACCACAGGUAAUUUCAGAAUCGGAUCACCCUGUGUUUAAAGUUUUGGCACCAACUCUGAAGGGCACAGAACCUAUUUGGUUAAUAAAACAACGGACACUAGGUUCUAGAUAAAAAAUAUGAAUGCUAGACUAUUCUGUAAUGAAAUUUUAUUCAUCUGGGCUUUUACUACCCAAAUACAUUAUUUCUUCAGCUGUUAUAAUUUUCCCUUAAGAAAAGUAUUAUUACGGCUUUUAUAGGUACCCACUUAACAUAAAUUGGGUUUUUCCAACUUCUGAGACUUCUUAAAGAUUGGUGACUUAAAAAUAACAGGAAAUAAUUUUCAUCAGAAAAUUUCAAAGUAAUGUAGACAGGAUGGUGUUUUAUAGCCCUCUAAUAUCAAGGAGCUCCUGCCCACUGAUGGCAUGCUCAGCUAAGGCUGUGAACUAUCUUGGAAGUCCUCUCUCUAUGAAAGUUUAUUUGCCACUAAAAACAAUGCUGAGUUUAUCAAGAAAGUUUAAACAAAAUUAGAUCAUGAGUAAUUCCCAUAGAGCGAUAACUAAAGAUCAAGAUUAAGAGAGCUCAAGCUGUGCAUCCAAUUAGAAUUUCAGAAGCUGCUUUUCUGGGAGAAUACAACUGCUAAUAAACUUGUGUCAAGGGUGUAAGAAUAUAAAAUAGCCUGGAAAAAAAGUGUCAGGUAAUGGUAUAGAUUGGUUUUAUUUGACUGUCAAGCCAACAGAACUGUUUGUCACCUUUUUUUCCUCAGCUAAAAGCAAUUUGUUACAAACAGGUGAUUUUAAACAAAAAACCUUUCCCUAGUUUUAUGUUAAUUUUUUCAUAUACCUUCAGAGCUAAUAAAUUAUAACUGAUACAAUGUCUCAGAUUUUAUUCAGGUUCAGACCAGUUAAGCCUCUGUGGUCCUCCUGUUUGAUUACAGGUGUAAUGACUUGCUUGAAGUAAGGAUAAUAACCCGGAUUUGUAUACUAGAAGAGGUCUAUUUCUAGAACUCCCUGUUAGGUUGCAAGUACCUCUCAACACUUGGACUUUUGUUUUAUACGCUUUACAUCAUUUAUAUAAAGUGGGUUAUCCCUAACCCUGUAGGAGUAUGUGAUCAUUCAAAUUGAUGUGAUGAAUUAGAGAGAUGCGAAUAAAUAUCCCACUAACUUUUAAGAUUUGUUUUCCUUUAAAAAUUCAAUAGAAGAACAUUUCUACACCUUUACCAGUCUGUCCCUUCCAACUGAACCAGUGCUGUGUUCUCAAUGUACCAUUGGAAGGUCUCUAUGUAAAAGAAACCUAAAAUUUAGCUGUAGAAUAAAUUUGCUAAAUAAAAACAAUAUACUUGAUAAACACAUAAGGGAAAAAAAUCUCCAAUUUGUUUGCUCUUUGUUGAAGAGAAGACACUAACUGCUAUAAUCCCCAGUGCCUUGAACUCUUUUGGAGAAAUAGCAUUAAAAAAAAAAAAAAAUCCAACAAGCAAACUUUGAGGUGCUAAUGAGAAGGAAGAGGAGUAUUUGUAGUUUGUGCAGAAAUAGAUAAAGUGUCUGUCUCACAAGAGAUGGCUUCAUCUACCUGAAUGGGGUCUGGCCGCUUUCUACCAAAGACAUUUAGAGAAGUGAGUCGAGUCAGGGUGAUGGCAAAUGCUACAUAUUAAAAGAUGGCUAAGUUCAGAAGUGACCAUGUUGAUCACGGAUGGCUGUUAAUACCAAGCUCUCUACUGUUGAAGCCUCAACCUCUUCUUAGGCAGAACAUGCUUGCAGCACUUACGGAAAGUCUUUGCAUUUUGGGAACUGUCCAUUGUUUGUCAGAUUUAUUGUAACCUAAUACCAAAAACUGCCAUUUUUCAUGAUUCCUACCUACUUCCUGUAUCUUUUUUUCUACUUGUAAAUAAUCCCUCCCAGAAAAUAAGCAUUAACUGGAAUGUUUCAAACAAUUUUGCUUAAUUUCAUCAUUGGCCACUAGUGAACUCCUUUUAUAGAAAUGUACAGUACAAUAUCAUCAGCUUGUGCUAAAUGUUGUAAAAACACUGUUUACUGUUUUAAAGGAAAAUUGCACAUAUUUAACUGGGAAUGCUCCUUUUCCCAUUUCUUGAAAAAUGGAGUCAAGGCUUACAGUGAUACCUAGGCUGUGGGAGCUUUGCCAUAAAUAAAUAGAUACAAUGUAGGAAUAUAGUUUUUUAAAGCAUGAAAAAGGCGGCAAAAGGAACUGCAUUAUAAAGUACCUGAUAGAGGACAUUAUUCAAGCGAUUAUGCACAGCUCAGUAAAGGUGAAGUUACAAUUUUUCUUUCAGCUUUGUUGCUAUUUUCUUCUGCUUAAAUGUACGCUCUCAUUUCAUUAUGUGCCUUGCUCCCUGAUUGUGCAAACCUAUAUAUAGAUAUAUAUAUAUAUAUAUAUGAGAGAGAUAUAUUCAGUACUACUGACGAUGUUUUUUUGUUCUGCUGGAUUAAGUUAUUUUCCAAAUUACCAGUUACUGUCAGUGAACUAUUGUAAUGGCUUAGGACAGUAGUCAUACAGUCAGUGUAAAUUUGUUUUCAGUUAUGUGUUUUCAUUAUGUCAGCUUACCCAAUCCUUAAUAAAAAGAAUACAUAGAUUUCAUUUAAA